CCUCCCUCACUCCCAUUUCCAUGUACUUACUCAUCAUCACUCCACUUACACCCACUCCCUAAAACCUAGGGUUUUUCUCUCUCACCAACUUCCUUCAACAAUUUCUCAGUUCCAAACAAAAUGGACACACAAAACCCUUCAAAACAGCCUCCACUUUACUACCAACCAAUGCUCAAAGAAUCAAUCAACCGUUUCUUAACCGACUACCGCAACGGUGCUACUAAUUUCACCGAUUUCACCUCAAUCUUCUCCCGCGCAAUUCACACCACUUCAGACCCACCAAUUCCACUUCUGUGGUUCUAUUCAGCACUUGAAUUUCAUACUAAUAGGUUAAGAGAAGCUUCUAGAACUUCACUCGUGGCGGUUAAGGGUUUGUUUCAGCUGCUUGUUUCGUGUUGCGAUGGAUGUGUCGCGAUGAAGAGGAUCGGGGUUUUAGCUCCGUUGGUGUUUGAGAUUUAUCGUUCUAUGGGUUGUGGGGAAGAAGUGAAGAGUGAAAUUGAGGGUUUGGUGGAAGGGGUUGUGAGUUACUGUAGCAUUUAUUGUAUGAAGAGUGAAGUUGAGGUUAAUGGUGGUGAUGCUAGGGUUGGGGUUUUGGAAGAGGGUUUUGUUGAUUUGAUACCGGUUUGGAUGGUUGAUUGUGACGGUGGUGGUGAAUCUGGAGUUGGUGGUGAUUGUUUGAAAGGGUUUUUCCCUUUUGUGAGUGAUGGGGUUCGAAAGGGGAUUGAAAUGGGUUGUGAGGUUGGUUAUUUGGCUGGGGUUGUUAUGUUUGAAGCUCUUUUGUUGAAAAUGUGUUUGAUUUUUGAAGCGGGGAUCGCGAGAGGGGAGAAGGAGAAGAAGUUGCAUGCUGCAGCAGUUCAGGUUAUGACUGGGUUUCGGAAUUUUUACUUUUUAGAUACGCUUUUGAGGAUGAUGUUGGAGCCAGCUUUGCCAGUGAUCUCCUUGCUGGGUUCUGACAACGAAGUUCUUUUAAAAGAAGCCCUGUACUAUUCUGUGAUGAUGAUGGAUUAUUCAUUCAUUAAUUGUCAAGCUGGAGUUUCUUUGUAUGCCGACAACCUGAAAGAUUUUGCUAUCAAUUGGUUGUUUGUUGCUGAGUCAGCUAUACAGUCUGCUAGGGAAAAGGGUGAUCAUGGGAAAGCUACUUCUUAUGUAAAUUCCUUCUGUAGGUCCUGCAUUCCCAUUCAAUUGAUCAACUGGGUUACUAGUCAAAGCGGCAUAGACAGAAAGAUCGGCAGACCAAGUGUUUCCACUCCUAUUGAUCUUAUAAAAUGGCUUCUAGCUGCUGAGGAACACGGAUUGGCAAUAUUUGGUUGUGGAACUGCCAAGCAUCGUGCAAAGGCUUUCGUUUUCACUUCAAGAACUGUGUCUAUGCUUCCGGUGGUCAAACAUCCCUUUUUAAGUUCUAUACAUGGAGGGUUUGCAGGAACAGUGCCUAUGCUUCCGGUGGUUGAACAUCCCUUUUUAACUUCUAUACAUGGAGGGUUCGUGGCAGAUAGAGUUCGUGCUAGUGAUGUAGAGAUGCAUGAUACUGUGGACGCCAUAAGUUUGUCUGGUGAUGAUAGAAUUAACACAUUCACCACUGAUGGAACUAGAAAACGCAAAGAAGGAAUCGAGGAUGGUACAAAAGUACAGCUAAAGUAUAUGAGAUGCCAGUUGCAUGAGAAUGCAGUGAGAGAAAACUCCUGUACAUUCAAGCAACAGUGAUGGUUUAGAUAGUAGAAGUGUAGCAGGGUAUUUUGGUUUACGAAUCUUAGGAAGUAAUGGGGCAAUAUGGUUGAUGAAAACUUAUGAGAGGAUGCAGAGUUAGCAAUUUUUGUGACUUAUCUAUUUUGGUUACUUUUGCUGCUAGUGAAUAGGAAACAUUGAGCACAGCAUGAUCUUCUGGCAUAUAUAGGUGCCUUCAAUUUCAUUUUAGUUGGCAUAAUGCCACGAUAUGAUGUACUUUGAAGCUUCAAAUUACCUAUCUAUACUCAUUAUGCAUCUGACUCGGUCCUGAAGCCAGUAAUACCAAUACACAUUGGACUUAUUAUAUUUGAAUAUAGUUUUAUCCUAUUACAUA